CUAAAAAGAUUAUUUUUUCAUGACACAGACAGUCGGUCUGGACGGGGUAUGGAUAGACGUACGACUCAUGUUAAUUAAAAAAUAAAUUAAUAAUAAGCCAUUUAGCCACUGCCCAUUAGUUCUAUAUUUUAUAGAUAAAAAAAAGUAUUUAGUUCGUUGUGUGAACAUUCCAACGCAGUGCUUACUUAAAUUUUUAGUUACCUACUCUAUAGUUCUCUGUUGGCGUCGUUAAUUGUAAGCGACUGUUCAUUAURGUCUUUAUCCUUUGGGGUGAUCAUAAUAUUAUUUAAUAAAAAUAUUACAUUCAUUUUUAAUUUUUGUAUCACGCUCAUUUCUUGCGAUUGAGUGAUUUUUAUAUACCGGUUAUGUCGUCGUCUACAUUAGUGAAAAUGGUGAAGUUCAACAAUGGCCUACAGUGUCCAAUCUUAGGCUUGGGAACAUGGCAGACCACACCUGAUAUAAAAGAAUCUGAACAGACAGAGAUUUACGAUGCAGUAAAAAGUGCAAUUGAUAUAGGAUAUCGUCAUUUUGAUUGUGCAUCUUUUUACAAUAAUGAAAAUUCCAUAGGAAAGGCUAUUGCUGAAAAAAUUAAAGAAGGAAUCAUAAAAAGAGAAGAUUUAUAUAUUACUAGUAAGUAUAGUGUAUUGGCACUAUAUGAGCCAUGUUUUGAUCUUGCUUAA